GUGAGUGUGUAGAGAAGUGGACGCAGAGCUGGUCUGCAGGUUUGUGCUGGAGCUCCAGAGUGGACAUGCCGAGGAGCGCGUGUGCGAGGACAGUGUGUUACAGUCACCUGCGGUUAACGUGGCAGGUUCUGACGGUGCUGACCGUUCUGUGCGUGGCACUGCAGUUACUUGGCGUGGUCCGACAAGCACGGGAUACAAAAGUAAUUGGACCAGCUGAUGAGCAGUCAGCCAUCGCUGAUCGGCAAGAUGAAGGAAUACUCCGAUCUAUCCCUGCAACCCUUGACCCACACCAGAGAUACUAUCAGCUUUUCCAGUGGAGUGAUGGCAAGAAUCUCGAUACUACACCAGCCAGACGUCUCGCCAGCACAAUCAGUAGGAUCUUAGUGUCAAAUGGAUAUCAGCUAGCAAGCAAAGCAUCUCCACCAAAAGAUCCCAAGGAUGAACCCUGGGAGUACCCAGAAAUUGUCAAGCGAUCACCAGCCCAGAACGAAAAAUCUGAAAAUGUACCCAAAAUGCCACCUGAAGUUCCUUCAGAAGACAAACCUGGGGUACACCUGGAAGUGGUCAAGCAAUCGCCAAUACAGAGGCAAAACUUUGAAAACACAUCACCUACGGUUCCCUCAAGAGAUGAACCAGGGGUGAACCUAGAAGAGAUCAAGCAAUCAGCAGCCCAGGACCAAAACUCUGAAAACAUGCCGAGAAAGUUGCCUGAGGUUCCCCCAAAAGAACCAGGGGAAAACCUAGAAGUGGUCAAGCAAUCACCAGCCCAGAGGCAAAACUCUGAAAGCAUGCCGCCUGAGGUUCCCUCAAAAGAACUUCACAAACCACAGCAAUCCAGCCCGUACGCCAUCCACGCAGACUCUGACAAACAAGCUGUGAUUGUAUUUAGCCAUGAUGAAGGUGGCAUGUGCCGACCCAAGAACCACAUCGUCUUCCUCAAGACCCACAAAACCGCCAGCAGCACCAUUCUCAACAUACUCUAUCGCUAUGGCGACUCCCGGAACUUGACCUUUGCCCUCCCGGUGAACAUGUAUAGCCAGCUGUACUACCCACACUUCUUCAUGUCAUACUUUGUGGAGGGUUCAAGAUCCGGCAGGGUGACAGAGUUCCACAUCAUGUGCAACCACAUGCGAUUCCGAGGCCUUGAGGUGAGAAAGGUGAUGCCUGUGGACACCUUUUAUUUUUCCAUCCUGCGGAAUCCAGUGUCCAUGAUGGAAUCCAUCUUCACGUACUACAAGAGCAUCCCAGCUUUCCAAAAUUUCAAGACUCUCACAGAAUUCUUGCUGGACGGUGGCCGGUCCUUCAAUGCCUCGCUGCCCAAUAACCACUACGCUCGCAACCUUUUGACCUUCGACUUCGGCAUGGACAACUCACCUCCGGCAAGCAAGGUGGAGUUAGACCAGCGCAGCACUGCCCUGAUUGCCACAGUGGAGAGCAAUUUCCACCUCAUCCUCAUCUCUGAGUACUUUGACGAGUCGAUGAUCCUGCUCAAGCACGCCCUCUGCUGGACGCUGGAGGACAUUGUGUCGUUUCGGCUGAACAGCCGCAGUGAGAAGUCUCGGCACAAGCUGAGCCCAGAGUUGGCCGAGCUUGUAAAACAGUGGAGCUCACUAGACUGGCGGUUGUACCAACACUUCAACGCCACCUUCUGGCAAAGGAUAGACACCAUGCUGGGACGUGCUAAGCUCCAAGAGGAGGUGGAGCUCCUAAGAGCUCGCAGAGCAGAGCUUGAGCAAACCUGCCUUUUAGGGGGAGGUGCUGUCGAUCCCAGCAAAGUCCAGGAUGAGUCUCUGAAGCCAUUUCAGUAUGGUACAGCGGUUAUCCAGGGAUAUAACAUUCGCCCAGGCCUGGACAAAGAAACGCAUCAUCUCUGUCAGAGGCUCAUCACGCCUGAGCUUCAAUACACCACUGCUUUGUACACUAAACAGUUCCCUGAUCUCAUGGUUAAACUUCAAAAUCGAGCCAAAAUGGCUGCCACUAAAAAUUUGGCUGCUGCCAGACGUACAACUACAAGACAAAGUGCCUUGAAACACAACUUGCAAACCAGAACGGCUGCUGUUCACAGCAUAAAUUCAAAAAGUAACACAAAUAUACAGCCACAAAAACUUGUUAAUGUGCAAACGUUAGCAAAGGACAGUUCAGUUGUAAAAAGUGAUGCUAACGUGGUAGCACAACAAAGCUUAGAAACUCAAUCUGACCCCAGUAAAUACAAAGUAAUAGAACACAACAUACCGUCUCAAACUUGACUUAUAACGGACUACUUCAUGCUAAAACCUGAUUAAGCUAACCCCAGUGCAAAUACUCAUGCUGCUAACUCUUAAUGUUGAGAGAAAACAGAUGAUCAGGCUGACAGCAGAAGCCGUUCAUCAGAUUUUGGCGUCGAUGUUGACUCCCGUCCUGAAACGCAGCUUUUUUUACUGCCUAUUUUAAGGACAUAAUGAAAUCCAGCAGCCAAAACCAGAUAGCUGUUAACAUGCUAGCUCUUUCCCCAAAAGGAAACAUGUCAAAUUUCAAAACAUUCCAACUUCUUUUUUUUUCCAGAAACAUAAAUAUUCCCGUCUAGACUUCGUGCUGUUGUGGACUGGGCCUAACUCUGCCCCGAAAGUGACCUUUUCUUUCUACAGCUGCAUACAAUUCAAGCUCCUCCAUCUCCAAGUGGAUAAACCUAAAGAGAGUGUUUCAGGUUUGGCUUUUUACAGCCUAACGAAUACAGUUACAUGGAGCAAAAGAGCUGGUCCUAGAUCACUGCCCUGCUGAAAAGGACCACUAGAACCAUUGGGAACUUGACGGUUAUGCUUUCUAAUGGGAAUUGGCUUAAGGCAGGGGUGUCCAUUCUUAUCCACAAAAUGGCCAGUGUGGCUGCAGGUUUUCAUUCCAAGAAAGCUGGAGGUCACAUGAUCAGCAGUUUGAAGACUGAAACCAACUGAUUAGCAAGUAGAAUCAGGUGAGCUCCAGCUUGUUAUAAGGGAAAACCUGCAGCCACACCGACCCUUUGUGGAUAAGAUUGGACACCCCUGGCUUAAGGGAUACAGUUAGAGGCCACUAGUUGGAGGACUUCAGAUCCUGUUAGGAAACCAUCAAAUGCGUCUGGAAUCAGAACACCUGUUAAACCAUUAGGCUGGGCGUACACUAUUUUAGGCCCGAUUUGCCCUUUGCGUCAAAUUUUCACAAUCUGAAGCGACUCUCCAGGUCGGGAGCUCAGUUGGAAGCGACUGAUGUUGUGGAUGAUCUGUAGUGUGAGAGGAGCAAUGAGUGACUCUUUAGCCCUCCGAUCAAACUCUGGAGUACCAUAUUAUCAAACAUGUCUGAUAUUUACGACUCAAAACGUUCACGAGUCCUGUAGUGUGAGAACCCUUACAAAAAAAAGUAUACUUAAAGUUCAAGUAAACUUAAGUAAAGUUCAAGUAUAUUUCCCAAAUAUACUUUAUGUAGUAAGUAUACUAAUAUCAAUGAACUAGUAGUGUACUUUUACUACUAUUUCAGUACUUCUUGGGACUAAAUUGGCCCACGUUUCAUUUUACAAAGGUGUACUUUGAAGUAUACUACAAGUAAAACUAUACAUACUGGCCUGACUGCAUGUCCUUGGAAGGAAACCCAAACAGACCCAGAGAGAACGUUCAAAAUCCACACAGAAAGGAGCCGGUCACCUGGCCGGGGAAUCGAACCCAGGCCCUUCUUGCUGUGCUACCCACACUUGAAUAAAGUACUUUUUUGUAAGGGAAGGUCAGAGAUGAUUCAAACAGCAGCCAAUCAGAGAACUGGAAGAGGAUAAACAGGCGAAGAGACGAGUAUGAA